UACAUCGUUGACCUCUAUCGCACCUCAUCAUUUGCUCAUCACACACAUGUCUCGCUUUACAGUAUUCCAGUGCACCCCUCAACGGCCCUCGGACUUUAAAUUCGUCAUCGCCGAUCAGCCUGAUUUGCUGAAAGCGGAUUCGAGUGUCCGGUCACAUGUUUCAAGGCGGGGCUGGAAAGCUUAUACGAAACCCGGCUACGCCAAGGUACGACGGAAACGGGACAAGGAACAGAAAAUUGUUUUUGAAUGUAUCAGCCAAGAUCCCGAUCAAUUAUACCUGCAGCUACCGCCUGUUGAAAGGCAGCUCGGUGGUGGCCGGGUCGAUCCCUUCAGAACAUAUCCUGGUCCUUGGAACCCGCAGGUCCCUGAGCUCGUGGAUCACUAUCUCGUGCAUAUGGCUGUGGACAUUCCAGAACUAGACCAACCCGGAAAUAAAGGUCUUCUCCGCACAAGCUGGUUCCCGCUGGUUCUAUCUCAAGCAGCACCUUUCCAAACCAUUCUCUUACUCUCUGCGGCCAACAGGUCAUCAGUCUCUGGUACCCCCAUCUCGCCAAACCAUAUUCUGAAGCUUAGGCUCCAGGCAAUCUCUUCAAUCAAUGCAUUGAUGGCUACACGGGAUGAUACAAGCGACGCCCUUAUUGGAGCUGUUGCGAAGAUGGCAAGCUUCGAGGCGAUGCAUGGAGGAGUCGAAUCAUAUCAGAUACACAUGCAGGGGUUGUGCGAUAUGGUUAAACAACGACAAGGUCUGAACUCACUUGGUCUAGAUGGACUGUUGCGUCGGAUCAUCAUCUGGAUUGACAUCAAUUCGUCCUUUCUUCUGCAGAUUCCCCGUUGGUAUCCAGAUGAAUACUUCUCAGACAGAGGAGGCUCGGUAGAACCUAACCCAGAGAGAUUCAUCGCACCAUAAAGUCUGCAAGACAUAUCCCCUUUUGUUAUGAGUAUUUAAUUGAUUGGCCGCUGUCUCUAUACAUCUCCAGAUGGUAGAAACCGCCCCUUGCCCCAAUCAAGAAUGGGCUUCAGGUUAUAGACGGUCUAUUUGUGGAUGCUUACUUUGAGACUAAUGUGGAAAUGGCUAAGUCAAGUUUCAAAGAGCUUUAUUUUUUAUACCGCCGGUGGAGUCCAAUGUACUAGGUUCUUUCUGCCGGAAUAAGCUCACAGCCACAAAUCUCAACUGCAAAUAACACAUCUAGAUAACAACUCAGACAUUGUACCAUAAUAACUAACCAAUUGCUACGUGUCCGAUGUACGACUUACCCUAUAUAGUGUGAAUUGAAUUGAUAUUAGUAACCAUU